AUGGCUGCCCUCUUUCGUGGUACGACGUUUGGUGCAAUAAUUAGAUGGACAACCAAGCGGAACUAUCUCAAAUACCCUGAGGAGCUAUCAUCGUUUCAUUGUCCACACUUGUAUAUGAAUGCUGGUACGGCAGAGCCAGAGACCACAGAAAUCACAGAAUCACAUGGCCUUGAGGCCGCCAAUCAGUCCGAGGAGGACCUCAGGAAUCAUGGACGGAGCCAUUCAGUUGCACCACCAUCUGUAGAUACCUCUACACAAUCGUCAGAGGGAAGCGACCUUGAUGACGAAAGUCUUUCCAAAAUUGUUUCUCGACCCCAACUGUCUCGGAACGUGAGGUCGCAUCCUACUGCAAUUCAUCCCAAGAAAACAGAAACUGGAAUCACCUUGGUUGACUGGUAUUCGACGGAUGAUCCAGAAAAUCCCCAAAAUUGGUCAUCCAAAAAGAAGUUCUUUGUGGUUCUCCAGAUAUAUCUUUACACUCUUGCUGUCUAUAUCGGAUCUGCCAUCAUAACGCCAUCUCAGCCCUUUAUCGAAGCUCAAUUUGGUGUAGAACCAGAAGUUGCUUCAAUGGGACUUUCUCUCUAUGUUCUUGGCUAUGGCAUCGGACCUUUAGUCUUUUCACCCCUCUCCGAGAUUCCAGCCAUUGGACGCAAUCCGCCGUAUAUUAUUACCUUUGGCAUCUUCAUUGCCAUUUCCGCUGGAACUGCGGUCGUCAACAACUUUCCUGCACUAAUUGUCUUGCGCUUUCUACAAGGGUUCUUUGGCUCUCCUUGUUUAGCGACUGGUGGAGCAUCUUUCGGUGACAUUUACAACCUCGUCAAGCUGCCAUACGCGCUCACUGGCUGGGCUGCGUUUGCAACUGCUGGCCCAGCUAUUGGACCAAUAUUGUCUGGCUUUUCUGUUCCAGCCGAGAAUUGGCAUUGGUCAUUAUGGAUAAUUCUUUGGCUUGCUAGCCCUGUCUUUGUUCUCCUGUUUUUUUUCCUGCCAGAGACAUCCACGCCGACCAUUCUUCUGCGGCGCGCCCAGCGUCUCCGCAGGCUCACCGGGAAGAACAACUUACAGUCUCAAUCAGAAAUUGACCAAGCCAAACUCACUGUUCAUGAAGUUGUCGUGCAAAGUCUCUGGAGGCCUCUGCAAAUCAAUUUAUUUGACCCUUCCGUACUUUUCACCAGCUUAUAUAUCGGUCUCAUGUAUGGAAUCUUUUAUUCAUUCUUCGAAGUCUUUCCAUUUGUAUACGGGACAGGCCUCCCAGGCCGUGCGUCUCCAACAAAUGGUUAUGGCAUGAACGCUGGCGAAAUCGGUCUAAUAUUCCUAUCCAUCACUGUUGGUGUCUGCAUCUCUAUUAUUUGCUACGUUGCAUACCUCAGAUUCGUCUUUGAGCCCGAGAUUAAAACGCAGGGCCUUGGUGAGCCGGAGCGGCGACUUAUUUGUGGCCUUCCCGCGAGCUUUCUUGUCCCGAUUGGCCUUUUUGUUUUUGGUUGGACGGGAAAUUCCAGUCCGAAAAUCCCCUGGAUUGUUCCCACUAUCGGUAUUACGAUAUUCGUGAUUGGCAUAUUCAUCAUAUUUCAAGUCGUUUUCAUCUAUAUCGCAAUUAGCUAUCCGAUGUACAGCGCCAGUUUGUUUGCCGCAAAUGAUUUUGUGCGCAGCAGCAUAGGAUGCGGGGCAAUUCAUUUUUCACGCCCCUUGUUUAUAAAUCUUGGUGUCGGCAAAGGAGUGAGUUUGUUGGCUGGCUUGAGUUGUGGAGGUGUGAUUGGAAUAUUCGUUCUCUAUUUCUACGGAGCGACGUUGAGACGAAGGAGCAAAUUUGCUGCAACAUGA